ACACUUCAUUUCCGCUGUCCCACGAAACCCUAACCAAAGCUUCCCCCGCUCUCUCUCUCUCUCUCUCUCUGUGCGCACGGGGUUUCCUUGGAGAUCCUCCGUCCUUUGAUUCCCCUUCUAUGGACGGCGACAAAGAGCCCCUUCAGCAGCAGCCGCCCGGCGAUCCGCUGGCCCCGGCAGAGUUCAGCUCGAGCUGGUCUGGCAGCGUCUGCUUGUCAGACAAGGACCUGGACAGCAGCACAGUCAGAGCGUUCCGGCGGCGGAGACUCUACGAGCAGUCCCAGUCCCAGUCCGUGUCCGGGGAGAUCGGCCCCGGCGGCGCUGAUUCGGCUGGUAUCUUUGCAGAGCUGGCGUCGACGAUUACUGAGGUGGAGGGCGCCCGUGGUGGAGUUUCAGCAGCAGCUCUCGAGGAGUCGACGUCGAGCCCCCCCUCUGUCUCAUCGGACUGUAGCGACGACCUGGCGGACGUGUCCACGGUCUCCAGCGGGAACCUGCUGGCCGAGACACCGAAUAAUAAGGUGCAGAAAGAGGGGCAGAAGCGAAUAAGGGAGCCUCGUUGUAUGUUCAUGACUAAGAGCUACGGUGAUGUACUCGACGAUGGAUACAGAUGGAGGAAGUAUGGUCAAAAGAUUGUGAAAAACAGUCCCUAUCCAAGAAGCUACUAUCGUUGUACGUACAGCAACUGUAUGGUGAGGAAAAGUGUGGAACGCUCAUCCGAAGAUCCCACUUAUGUAAUAACAACGUACAAAGGCGUACACUGCCACCCCUCUGUAGGGUUCCUGCCGGGUGGCCGCAGAGUGUUUACCCCUAACAAGAAUGCAACUGCCUUUGGGCCCCAGCAAGCUUCUCCAUUGUUCCCACUAUUGGACAACCUGCCAGAAGUACUUGAUCUUAACACUUCGCCCAUAGAGGUUAACAGUCCUCCCCACCCGUCUAGUCUUCUCCCUCGCCUAGCGCUAACUUCAGACAAUCACCAGCUAUCACCUCAUUCUUCUGGUGAGCCCCAAUCACCACAACAGUUGCGGAGAGCAACCCCUCCUGACCUUCCCACCAAUGUAGGUUUGCUCAGUGAUACGGUGCCCUCCGGGAUGCGUCAUAGCGAAGAAGAUAUUAAAGACUUGAUUGCAGAAGAAGCUUCGAGUGUAUUGGGCAGGAAAAACUUUCAUGCGACUGAACAUUCGGGUGGAAUUAAUGAUAAAGUGGAGGAAAUAGUGAACCUCUUGCAAGUUGAAGUUAAUGAUAUACGGAUGUUAGCGAUACAUGGAGUGGGUGGAGUUGGGAAGACGACUCUGGCCAAAAUUAUCUUCGACCAAAUCUCCAAAUGUUUCGAAGGCUCUAGCUUCCUUGCAGAUAUCCAAGAAACUGUCGGGCAAAGGGAUGACGGCUUUCAGGUUUUGCAGACUAAGGUGAUAUCUGACAUUCUAAAACGAGAUUGUGAGAAGAUUGCUUCUAUCGAUGAAGGAAUCGCCAUCAUUGGAGAGAUGUGUUCAGACAUCAGGGUUCUGAUUGUUCUUGAUAAUGUGGGUCCAGGGUUUCAGCUCGAGGAAUUAAUAGGGAAGUUAGACUCUUUUGGUCCUGGAAGCAGGAUAAUUAUUAUCACUAGGUGCAAAGAUGGUCUUCCCAGAAUGGCCAACACUUACGAAGUUAAAAAUAUGCCCUACUGGGAGGCCUUUCAGCUUUUCAUGAAGCAUGCCUUUGGGGGUCACUCAUAUCCAUCUGAUGAGCACUGUCAAUUCGCUAAGGAUAUAGUCACUACUGUAGGGGGUUUGCCUUUAAUUAUUGAAGUCAUUGGUUCCUUCUUGUCCCACAAGCCAAAGAAAGUGUGGGAAGAUACAUUGAGACAGCUAAAAGAGUCGAAGGAAGUGCAUGAGAAACUGAUGAUAUGUUAUCAUGCAUUAAAUCGUCAGCAAAAACAAAUUUUUAUUGAUAUUGCGUGCUUUCUUAAUGGAGAGGAUUGUAGAGUUGCAUCAUAUGUGUGGCAUGAUGGUGCUAGCUCUCCUCAUGAAGUGAUUGAAAGCCUUUGUCACUUGUCCCUCGUGAAGAUUGAUGACAAUUAUGUGUUAUGUAUGCAUGAUGAGCUAAAGGAGUUGGGUAGGCAACUAGUCUUUAAGGACGGGUAUGGAAAAUCUCGAAUGACUAGUAAGCUAUGGAUUUCUGGACGGGAUUUUGGCAUGUUUGUCAGAAUGAAGGAAAUAGAGAGAGUUGCAGCAAUUAGACUUAUCUCUGACAACCAAUCAACAUAUCAAGACACAGAAUUCCGGAAAAUGCCAGGCUUAAGGUUUCUCUACCUGGAGCAUGCAAACAUCACUGGAGACUUCCAUGAUGUUUUCCCUAAUUUGAAGUGGUUACAUUGGGAAGGGUGCCCUCGGAUAUUCAAGGCAACUAAUUUUCUUCUAAAGAAUUUAGUAAUCCUUAAUCUGUCCCGGAGCAAGAUCACAUAUAACUGGGAGGGUUGGACGCACAUCAAGAUGGCGAGUAAAUUGAAAGUGUUGAAUCUUACAGGUUGUGAUAACUUGAUAGUGACACCUGACUUCUCUGGUUAUCCCAGCUUGGAAAAAUUGAUUUUUGAGCGAUGCUGUCGUUUGGUUAAAAUAGAUCCUUCAAUUAGUCACCUGGAGAAGUUGAGUUCCCUGAAUUUGAAGUUCUGCAAGGAACUACACACCUUGCCGAAAGAACUGGGAUUUCUAAAAGAUUUAAAAGAGCUUCUCAUUGAUGGAACUUCUCUACGAGAUAUUCCUACCUCCAUUGGUCAUAUUAAGAUGCUUCAAACUCUUAGCGCCUCCGAUUGCUUAUCACUAAUUAAUAUACCCAGUUCAGUUGGUUGUCUAAAAUCUCUAUUGGAGCUCUCAUUAGAUAAUUCCAAAGUUACUGAGCUUCCAAGCUCAAUUGAUGAGCUAGUGCAGCUUCGGAAGUUGUCACUGAGAAAUUGUCGAUUGCUUGGAGAACUUCCAAGUGCUAUUGGAGGUUUCAGAGAAUCUUUACAUGAGUUGGAUGUGUCAGGAACAGGGAUUUCGGAGUUACCUAAUUCAAUUGGAAAACUUGGAAGAUUGAGAGUGCUGAAAAUGGAGUCUAGUUUCAUCAGAGAAAUUCCCAGUACUAUUGGAGGCCUUACUAACCUUGAACAGCUGCAUGGCUCACACUGUAGGAGUUUGGGUGGGGACAUUCCUGACAGUAUUGGGCAAUUGAAGUCUCUGAAGAUCUUGCGAUUGGGAUACACAUGCAUUACUGGCUUACCAUCAAGCAUGUGUGAUCUACCCGAUCUCCAAAUCCUCGACUUACUUUGUUGUGACACCCUUGAGAUGCUGCCAACUCUUCCCUUGAGUUUAACUAGUUUGCGCUUCAGUUGUAAAGGAAUAAAGAAGAUAUCGCAUCUGGUUGGCUUGCAUGGUUUAAAAGAGUUGGUCUUAGCUGACAGUGGUUUCGAGGAACUUCUGGACCAAACAAUAGGUUCAAUGGAAACUGCCGCUCCAUCAGAAAAGAUACAAUUGUUGCAAAAUAAAUUUGAGAUGGAGCAGCUAGGGCAUUUCGAUCUUCCAGAACUGAAGGUAUUAGAUAUGUGUGUUCCGCAAAUCAACAGUAUCUGCUUUGAUGAUGGAGUCGCUUUUCAUUCUCUCAGGAAGCUUGUCCUUUCUUGUGUGAACCUAAAAAUUCUCCAAUUUUUACCCCCAAUGCUAGUCAGUUUAUCAAUGCAACAUUGUUGGUCUUUGGAGAUAUUGAAUGUCACAGGAUUGAAAGCUCUAUCAGAGUUGCAGCUCCAAGACUCUGCCAUUUGCGAGAUCUAUGGCCUUGAUAGCCUAGGUGCCUUACAGAUUUUGGGAAUCUCCAACUGUGGAAUGGAAAGUCUCUGGGGGCUCGAUAAACUCACAUCUCUCCAGAGCUUGACCUUGUCCUGCUGUGAUAACCUUUUGGGGUUGCCGCCGUUAAUAAAGCUGCAUCAACUGAGAGUUCGGAAAAUCCAGAGUUGCAAGAUGUUCCAUGACAUUGAUGACCCCAAGGAAUUGAUACCCUAGUUUAAUCUGCAAACAAUGUAAUUGAAGCCUCCAUUAACAAAGGAGUUUGCCAAGCUUGAAGCAAGCGACAACUUUCGGCAUCGAAGCCUCCAUUAACAAAGGACUUUGCUAAGUCCGAAUGAUCUGAUGAUGUCACUGGCUGCAGCUCUAAGGUUAGGGUCAAUGCUAGGAAGAAAAAAUGGUGAGCAGAUGUCGUUGAUACUUCAAGUGCUGCAAAGUGCAGAGGACAAUUAAUAAAAGUUUUCCUUCAUUACGAGGCCCAGGUUGUCCCCUUCAUCUGGUAUGUUAAAAACUUAUGGUGUGACUACAAAUUGAAAUAGUUUGGUUUCUUAUAAGAUGCUAUCGAAGGUUAAGGUUUCUUUUUUGCCUCUAUGCACUCGGCAAAAUAUUUCGAUACCGAGAGAUUUUUAAUUAUGUAUAUUCAGAUACUUUGGGCAGGAUGUGUCCUUAUGCAGGACAAAUCCUUCAUAAUCAGAUCUGACAUGUUAAAAUCUUAUGGCGACUACCAUAAAUGGUUCCAUUUCUUAUAGAAUGCUGGACGGACUGAGAAGGGUGAUUGCAGCAGGCGCAGUCGCACCAGCAAAGCUACGAGAGAACAGAUCUGAAGGGCAUUUUGAAAGGCAUCGGAACUCUGGACCGGAAGCUGGCAUCUCGGUUGAGAUGAGUGAAAUCAAAGACAUAAUUUGAGGAGCACUGAACAGCCUCAUCCCCUCAUCGCUUAUCUUCUCCUUGAUCAAGAACUUAGAGCACCGUUAGCUCCAUCGACCUGCACUAUAAGUUGUUUUGCUCCCACGGCCAUGCCAAUUCUAGGACUAUUAGCGUAGACGGAUGCCGGUAUGGUGCAUUAAACCAUCAGUCCAGUCCAGCUCCCCGAAAGUGUCAGGAACAAACAGAGAGGAUUCUGCUCCGUUUCUUGAAGUAUAAGAAUUGGAAUACCUAUGAUAUAUAUUUCGGCCAUUUUGUAAAAUUAAAAAAUAGGAGGGCCCACCCGAGAAGCUCAAUUAUCGAUAGGAAUGUCAGGAUCAUUUGUGAUGUUCUCCUCUCCUUGGAAAAUCUGUAUCUUACCUUGUAUGCUGAUUUGUUUGGUGAAAAAAGUUUUCCUGGUUAAGGGUGUUUGGUUGGUGUAUAGUUUGGAUUUUCCUGGGAAAAUCCAAAUUUUACACCCAA